AUGGAGCUGAGUUCCGGGCGUGGCGACGACCGAUCUGGAUCAGGGUUUCAUCUGCAUCACGGCGUCUGCCGAGAAACAGACCAUGCAAUCAUCACUGGUAGUCCGUCCACUCCCAUUCCUGCCAUCGUGCGUUCGGCCGUCGCUGCUCCGCGUGGGCGACUCACCUCCUGCCUUGCCAUGCAGGUGCUGUUGCCCUACGCGAGUGGCAAGACGCCCAUCCACAGCUCGGGGGAAACCACCUCCCAGGUUAGCGGCAUCCUGCACCGUUGCCUCCUUCCAGACUGGUCUGAUACCCCCUGGGUGUGGCCACGGUGAAAACAUGGUCUCAAUGCCCGCAUGCCUCAGCAACAUGAGACAUAAGGUGGCAGCUGUGGGGGGCGUAGCUCCUCACCCACCACAAUUACCUUCUGCCACUCUCGCCAGUGGCAAGCUCUCGCACAUCGGAUGAAACCUUCGAUGAUUGAGACCACGGCCAGUCGACAUCCUGCCUUGGUCGGUUAGCCUUGUUGCCUUAGGGCCGGCGUUCCCGCCUCGCUUGUGCAGCCCUGCCUUGCCUCUGGCGACAGACGGAAAGUUCUUGAAGCUCAAUCCUCUCAGCGAUCGGUUCACUUCCCUCUUUUAGUCCGUCUCUGGUAGCCAUGGAGAUGGGUAGGACUGUCUACAUGGUGGAAGUUCGAGCAAUAAGUCUGCAUCCAACCAGUAAGUAUAUGACUUUCCUACCUCACAACAAGGCGGUAUGCUGGUUCCCCUG